AUGACCGCUGCGCUGGUGCCGGCCGCGAGGCAGCUCUCGGUCCUCGCUCCCGCCUUUGGUCUGCACACCGCGCUGAUCUCGCGCGUCACGCUGCGCGUCCCACCCUUGGGCGACCUCUACCUGGAGGACGCGAUCGGCGCGGCAGCGGCGCUGUGGCUGGCGCCACGGUGUGUGCCUCCGCUCGCCGCGCUCUCGUCGCCUGCAAGCGAGCCGAGCCUUCCGCGCCUCAGUCGGCGGCGCCUGGCGUUUCUGCUGGCGGCGCUUGGCGCGAGGUACCUCCUCUCCGGCUGCAUCAAGCAGGGUGCUGGCUGGCUGCUCGCUGCGGCAACGCCGCGCCUGGCGGCUCCCCGAGCGUGGGCGCUCGCGACGCUGGCGGGGCACCUCGCGUGGGUCGGGAUGGCAGUCCGCCUGCUCGGCGACGAGCUCGGCUUCUUUGCUCCGCGCUCGGCCUGGCUCCGGCUCGACUGGAGCGCAUCCUGGCUGCGGUGGGUGCUGUGCGGCGCCGCUGCGUGCGUGCCUGCCUUUGAGCUCGCCUCCAGCCUGGCGCCGUCGCCGGAGCUGGGGCUGGGCGCGCUCGCCUCCGCCGCCCCCACCAUCACCGCCCAGAUCACCUCCCUCGACGACGGCCUCGCCUUCGCCCUCUCGGUCUUCACCGCGUGCGCCUCAGGCCCCUUUCUCGAAGAGGUGCUCUACAGGGGCUUCCUCUUGCGCGCGCUGAGGCAGCACAUGCCGCUCGGUCUCGCCGCGCCCGCCUCGGCCGCGCUCUUUGCCCUCCACCACGGCACCGGGCCCGGCCAGCCCACUCUGCCCCUCGCGGCGCUCGGCCUCGUCUUCUCGGCCACGUUCGUCGGCAGCGGCAACCUCGCCGUGAGCAUCCUCACCCACUCCCUGUGGAACUUGCGAGUUGUGGCGCUGAGUAGGCUGCGGUGA